AUGGGUUUUGCGGGCAUCCUCAAGAAGGUCAUUCGCAAUGACGCGAUGAAGACUGACCCCGAAGAGAUCUACAACUGGCGCGUCUUUGCCGUCGUUGCAGGUUCAUGCUUUGGAGGUAUGCUGUUCGGUUGGGAUACUGGAGCUAUUGGUGGUGUUCUUGCCAUGAAGGCCACGCAGGAGCGCUUCAACUAUACUCCCGAGGCCAAGGCCACACUCGAUCAAAACAUUGUCUCAACUCUCCAGGCUGGUUGCUUCGCUGCUUGUUUCUACACCUCUUACUUCACUGAGAAGUAUGGUCGCCGCUGGUGUCUCAUCGCAACUGGUGUGAUCACAACUAUUGGUGUCGUUCUUCAGGCUGCCUCUACCGCCAAUGGAUCUCUCCCCGUCAUGUACGUCGGACGCUUUAUCGCCGGUCUUGGCGUCGGAUCUGCCUCAUCUUUGGUUCCACUGUAUGUGUCUGAAUGUGCGCCUCGAGCUAUUCGUGGUGGUUUGACCUCCUUCUACCAGCUGUUCAUCGUCACUGGUGUCAUGCUUUCUUUCUGGAUCAACUACGGUGCUCUUCUUCACCUCAGUGCUCCUACUGUCUACGCCCUGCCCCUUGCUCUCCAAGCUCUCCCUGCUGUACUCUUGAUUGUCUGCAUGUUGGCUGCUCCUGAGAGUCCUCGAUGGUGUGCUCGCAAGGAUGAUUGGGAACGUGCCAAGUCCAUCUUGAUCAGACUUCGACAGCUUCCUGAAACCCACGAAUAUGUCCAAACCGAGAUCCAGGAGAUGUCUGCCCAACUCGAAGCUGAGAAGCGGCUCACUGGCAACGCCUCUGCCUCCACCCUCUGGAAAGAACUUGUUACUAUUCCUGGAAAUAGAAAGCGAGCUAUCAUUUCCGUUUUGCUCAUGGUCUGCCAGCAAAUGACAGGUGUUAACGCUGUUAACUACUACGCCCCUCAGAUCUUCCUGUCUCUUGGUAUGACCGGCACUUCUGUCUCACUCUUCGCUACUGGUGUCUACGGUAUCAUUAAGGUUCUUGGAUGUCUCACUUUCCUCAUCUUCUUUGCCGAUUCUCUUGGCCGACGCCGCAGUCUUCUGUGGACCAGUGUUGCUCAGUUCCUCGCCAUGUACAUCAUCGGUAUCUACGGUCGUGUUGAGCCCCCCAUUGAGGGUGCAGGUAUCUCUGCCUUCGGAUAUGUGGCCAUCGUCUGCAUUUACCUCUGGGCUGCUUUCUUCCAGUUCGGCUGGGGACCUUGCUGCUGGAUUCUUGUUUCCGAGAUCCCCACUGCCCGUCUUCGAGCUCUCAAUGUUGCCAUUGCUGCGGCUACUCAGUGGCUUUUCAACUUUAUCGUUGCCCGAACUGUGCUCACCAUGCAAAAGACCAUGGGACCUGCCGGUUAUGGUAUGUUCUUCAUGUUCGGUACCUUUGAUCUUCUCAUGGGUAUCUUUGUAUGGUUCUUCGUCCCUGAGACCAAGGGUCUCAGUCUGGAGCAGAUGGACGAGCUCUUUGGCGUCGUCGAUCAACAGAGCAAGCUUGACGCCGAGGGCCCUGAGGGAGCCCGCACUCCUAGCAUCCGCGAGGAGGUGGCCCAUGUCAAGAGCAGCAAGAGCUAA